CCCCAAGCCAUGACCUUUGGCCGGGGUGGCCCGCCGGUGGUGGUGUUGAACGUGGGGGGCACCCGCUACUCUUUCGCUCGGGAGGUGCUGAAGGACUUUCCCCUCCGGCGGGUGAGCCGCCUGCACGGCUGCCUGUCGGAGCAAGACGUGCUCGAGGUGUGCGACGACUACGACCGCGAGCGGAACGAGUACUUCUUCGACCGGCACUCCGAAGCCUUCGGCUUUAUCCUGCUGUAUGUGCGCUACGGCCACCUGCGCUUCGUGCCCCACAUGUGUGAACUCUCCUUCUACAACGAGAUGAUCUACUGGGGUCUGGAGGGAUCCCACCUGGACUAUUGCUGCCAGCGCCGGCUGGACGACCGCAUGUCCGAUACUUAUACCUUCUAUUCGGCAGAAGACAUCCGGACGGAGCCCUCCGGAGGCUGGAGCGGCAGUAGCAAAAGCAGCGGCCAGCCCGAGCCGCCCAAGGGCCAGGAGAGCAGCGAUGCUGUGGCCCCAUCUGGCGCCGGGGAGAAGAAAUGGCUGGAAAGGAUGAGGAGAACUUUCGAGGAGCCCACCUCGUCGGUGGCCGCCCAGAUCCUGGCCACCGUUUCCAUCCUGUUCGUCAUCGUCUCCAUGGUGGUGCUGUGUGCCAGCACCAUGCCGGAGUGGCGAAAAGCUGAGAACCGAAGCCUGGAUGAGCAGAGCAGGUACACAGCAGACUCAAUCAGGGAGCCUUCAGGGAUAAUUGAAGCAAUUUGCAUCGGCUGGUUCACGGCAGAGUGCAUUGUGAGGUUCAUUGUCUCCAAAGACAAGUGUGAGUUUGUUAAGAGACCUCUGAACAUCAUUGACUUGUUGGCUAUCACUCCAUAUUAUAUUUCUGUGCUGAUGACAAUUUUUACAGGGGAGAAUUCUCAGCUUCAGAGGGCUGGAGUCGCCUUACGGGUUCUGAGAAUGAUGCGGAUUUUUUGGGUGAUUAAACUGGCCCGCCACUUCAUCGGCCUCCAGACACUUGGCCUGACAUUGAAGCGUUGCUACAGAGAGAUGGUGAUGCUGCUUGUCUUCGUUUGUGUUGCAAUGGCAAUUUUCAGUGCUCUUGCCCAGCUUCUUGAACACGGACUGAAAAUAGGAAAGCCCAAUGAAGGCUAUGCAAGCAUUCCUGCUGCUUGCUGGUGGGUUAUCAUCUCCAUGACCACAGUUGGUUAUGGGGAUGUUUGUCCUAUCACGGUACCUGGAAGGAUUCUUGGAGGGAUUUGUGUAGUCAGUGGAAUUGUUUUGCUAGCCCUGCCUAUUACAUUCAUCUACCACAGCUUUGUUCAGUGUUACCAUGAGCUCAAGUUCCGGUCUGCUAGGUAUAGUAGGAGUCUUUCUGCAGAAUUUUUAAAUUAA